AUGAGCGCUGAUGUUAAAAGGCAGUUUUUUUUCUUGACCCUUGACGACUCUCCAAAGGAUUCCACAAAGUUACAGGAACUAUUAGCUACUAUUGCAAAAAUGGAAUCAACUUAUAGUAAAGGCCGAGUAUGUAACAAAACUCGCUGCUAUGUCCUUAAUCCUGACCUUUAUAGCAUCAUCGGUAAAUCUAGAAAUUACGACGAAUUAGUAUUCGCUUGGAAGGGAUGGCGUGAUUCAGUUGGACGCAAUGUUAAGCGUGAUUAUAUGAAAUAUGUCGAAAUAUCCAAUAUUGGUGCUACUGAUAAUAAUUAUGCUGAUGAAGGCGCCUACUGGAGAGUGCAAUACGAAUUACCCGAUGAACAAUUUUUUGCUGAAUUAGAAAAAUUAUGGACACAAAUGAAACCAUUUUAUGAGCAGUUGCACGGGUAUAUUCGUGGUAAAUUGAGGCAGAAAUAUGGCAAAGAUAAAAUUUCUGAAGAUGGCCCAAUACCAGCUCAUCUAUUGGGCAAUAUGUGGGCACAAUCGUGGGAAAAUCUCUACGAUAUGGUUGUUCCUUAUCCCAAUCAACCCAUCGUUGAUGUUACUUCUGAGAUGGUGCGACAAAACUAUACCGUAUUGAAAAUGUUUGAAUUGUCAGAAGAAUUCUUUUUAUCCAUUGGGAUGAAAAAAUUACCUGAGAUCUUUUGGAGGAAUUCCAUCAUUGAAAAGAGGAAAGACGUUGCUAUGACUUGUCAUGCUUCCGCAUGGGAUUUAUCUAUCGAUUACGACGUUAGAGUAAAGAUGUGCACUAACAUCAAUCAAGGUGAUUUGAUAACAGUACAUCACGAAUUAGGCCAUAUCCAAUACUAUCUUCAAUAUUGGGAUCAACCUAGUGUGUAUAGAAGAGGAGCCAAUCCUGGUUUCCAUGAAGCCGUUGGUGAUACCCUUGCUCUGUCAGUAGUAACACCCAAGCAUUUACAAAACAUUGGAUUACUUAAACAAGUUAGCAGCUCUAACGAGGCCGACAUUAACUACUUAUUAUCGCAAGCUCUGGAUAAGAUUGCUUUUAUUCCAUUUGGCUACUUAAUGGAUCAAUGGAGGUGGAAAGUCUUCUCCGGCGAAAUUAUCCCAACCGAUUAUAAUUACAACUGGUGGGAGCUACGGAAUAAAUACCAAGGAAUUGUUCCACCUGAACUUCGUAGCGAAAUUGAUUUCGAUCCAGGCGCAAAAUAUCAUAUUCCUGCCAGUGUACCUUAUAUCAGAUAUUUCGUUAGCUACAUCCUCCAAUUUCAAUUCCAGCGAUCGCUUUGUCAAGCUGCAAACAAAACCAAUGAACCUUUAUAUCUUUGUUCUAUUUAUCAAUCUCAAGAAGCUGGUGAAAAAUUAAGUGAAAUGUUGUCGCUUGGAAGAAGCAAGCCAUGGCCAGAAGUAUUGAAAGCUCUUACCGGUGGUACUGGUAUGGAUGCUACAGCAAUCAUCGAUUACUUUAAACCAUUAAAUGACUGGUUGACGAAAUAUAAUAAGGAUAAUAACUUCAAAGUUGGCUGGGCCGGAAACGGUACUGUCAAACAGCAAGCUAUUAAGUUCGUCAUGUGGUAUCAACAUGAAGCUGAAAAGAUUUAUCAUAAGAAUACUUGGUAUCAAUGGAACUACAGCACAAAUUUAACAUCUCAUAAUGCCAAACUCUCUGCUGAGAGCUCUAUUAACACAACCGCCGCCAUUGUAGCUUUAAGAAGAAAGGGACACAGUUUACAGAAUGUAUCGAUCAAUUCAGAGAUUGAUCGCCAAUUACGGAUUGCUACAUUUAUACCAGCAAGUGCUGGCUCACCAGAAUCGGAAGAGCUUGUUGGUGUUAAUAACGAGAUGGAUAGGUUAUAUAGUACUGGAAAAGCCUGCAAUGGGACUACAUGUUAUUCGUUAAAUCCUGGCUUGGAUGGAAUUUUAGCGAAGUCCAGGGAUUAUAAUGAACUACUUUUCGCUUGGCAUGGCUGGAGAAAUGGUACCGGACCAAGUAUCAAGCCUUACUAUAUAAAAUACGUUUCAUUAAUGAACACCUUAGCUAAACAAGCAAAUUAUAGUGAUGCAGGUGCCAGAUGGAGAUCCAGAUAUGGCAAUAACUCCAAAGCCUUUACUGACAAUGUUCAAAAGUUAUGGUUACAAUUGAAACCGUUCUAUCAAAAUCUGCACGCUUAUGUUAGAAAGCGAUUAAGAGAAAAAUAUGGUGCCGAUAAAGUCUCACGCACAGGUCCAGUACCCGCUCAUCUCUUUGGUAAUAUGUGGGCACAAUCAUGGAUUAAUAUUUAUGAUAUGUUGGUACCAUAUCCCAAAAAGCAAAUAUUGGACGUAACUGAUGAAAUGGUUAAACAAAACUAUACGGUCAAGAAAAUAUUUGAAGUAGCUGAUGAAUUUUUCGUCAGUAUGGGUCUAGAACGUGUACCUAAAUCCUUCUGGAAGAAUUCUAUGCUUGAAAAACCAAAAGAUCGACAGGCAAUCUGUCAUGCAUCCGCUUGGGACUUUUACAGAGGAGAUGUUAGGUUUAAAAUGUGCACACAAAUUAACUUUGACGACUUCUUAACCGUCCAUCAUGAAAUGGGCCAUAUUCAAUAUUAUCUUCAGUAUGGAUUCCAACCCUUGAACUACAGAUCCGGAGCUAACCCUGCUUUCCAUGAAGCUGUUGGUGAUACUAUUUCUUUGUCCGUCACAACACCUGAUCAUUUAAGGAAGGUUGGACUACUAAAAUCCUCUGAAAACGAUCAAGAAAGCGCUAUCAAUUACCUGAUGUUGCAAGCUUUGGACAAGAUUGCAUUCCUUCCAUUUGGAUAUUUAGUCGAUCAAUGGCGUUGGAAGGUAUUUGAUGGCUCUAUCACUCCUGAAAAUUACAACAAAGCUUGGUGGGAACUACGAACCAAAUAUCAAGGUAUUAUACCGCCCGUUUCCAGAACUGAAGAAGAUUUUGAUCCUGGCGCGAAAUAUCAUAUCCCUGGUAGUACUCCAUAUAUUAGGUAUUUUAUUAGUUAUAUCAUUCAGUUCCAAUUCCAGAAGGCGCUUUGCCAAGCUGCGGGCAAUACACAGCCAUUAUAUUUAUGUUCUGUUUACCAGUCCAAAGAAGCCGGAAAGAGAUUAGGAGAUAUGUUGAAAUUAGGUAGAAGUAAAUCUUGGGAAGAUGCUAUGGAAGCCAUUACUGGUCAGCGAGAGAUGGAUGCUUCAGCAAUUGUUGAAUACUUCAAACCACUUGAUGACUGGUUGAAGGAACAAAAUAAGGACGAAGUUAUCGGUUGGGACACUACUACCACGAAACCGCAAGUAACUACACCGUCUACAGGGUCUGCCGGUCGUGCUUUUACAUGGUCUACUUUAUUCAUCGCAUUGUUUACAUGUUUAAUUGCAUUUGAUUUACGUUGGUAAAUUUUAUAAAUGACUUUUAUGAAAACUGUUGUUUAAUUUAUAGCUCACUAUUUCGGAUAAUUUUUGUAAGCCAU